CAGCAUCAACGAUUCUUCUGAAAGGAUCUCUUGGUGGAAGUCAGCGAGAGGGGGGCCAGGAUGUGGCCCCCUGACCUCGGGCCUCCAGACGUCCAGCUGACUCUUCCUGGUUUUGGGAGUGUCUUUGAGGACGCCGAGGACCCUCAGGCUCCGCUGUCCUCUGGUGGCUUCUGUCAGUCCUCGAUGCAUUCAGGUGGUCUGGGCGUGUGCUGUCUUCCAAGGACUACCCUGUCCCUGUCCUCGCUGGGCCGUGAUCUCACCUCCCUGCUCAGCUGUAAGACAGCUGGAUCUCACAUAGAAAAGACUGUGGAGGACUUUGCCAUCACAGCGCACACAGAUCCUAAAAACAACACUCAGAGGUUCAGCUGUUACCCCCAGCCCUCCCUCCCGUUAUCCUAUAUGCUCACAAGCUGUGCCACAUCUCCCCCUUUUGGCUCGCCGCCCUCCUCUCUUUCCUCCUCCGCCUCCUCCUCCUCUUUAUAUUUUGCAUCUUCCUUGCCUCUGUCUGAUGCACCUGGUGGCAACAAAACUCCUAAUCAUCAAGUUAAGAUGCAGGAAGAGUAUCACUCAAUAAAACAGGAGCCUGCAGAUGAUUUCUCGCCAUGUAAGAGGGAACCGUUCCAAGUUAACAACCAGCAUGAGCUGUUCCAUGCGGGCCAGCACAUCCAAGGUCAGGACAGCAGCCCACAUCAUUUCCAGAGGCUCAAUGGACCCGUUGGCCAGGACCCCACGGUGGACCAGCAGGACCAGCCAUGUCACUGGAUCGACUGCAGUGCCACUUACAGCAGUCAGGAGGAGCUGGUGAGGCACAUCGAGAAGGUGCACAUCGACCAGCGCAAAGGGGAAGAGUUCUCCUGCUUCUGGGCCGGCUGCGUGCGACGUCACAAACCGUUCAACGCUCGCUACAAGCUGCUCAUCCACAUGAGGGUCCACUCUGGAGAGAAACCCAAUAAAUGCAUGUUUGAGGGUUGCUCCAAGGCCUUCUCACGUCUGGAGAACCUGAAGAUCCACCUGAGGAGCCACACAGGAGAGAAACCGUACAUCUGCCAGCAUCCCGGCUGCCUCAAGGCCUUCAGCAACUCCAGCGACCGGGCCAAACACCAGCGCACACAUCUGGACACGAAGCCGUACGCCUGUCAGAUCCCAGGAUGCACCAAACGCUACACCGAUCCCAGCUCGUUACGAAAGCACGUCAAAGCUCAUUCAGCCAAAGGCCUUCAGGACAGAGAGGUCAAGGUGCAGGUGCACACAAUGCUGGAAUCGGACGUUUUGAGCGAUUGUCUGGCGAGGCAGCAUCUCCACCAAGGAAACGGCUCACCUUUACCCAGCUUAGAUGACUACACAGGUGUGUAUUCAAACUGCAGCUCCGUCCACAAAGGGACAACUUCUGAGUUCCUCCCUCCGUCAGCAGACCCUUGCUCCAGGUAUCGAGGCUUGGAGGGAAACUUUGACGCCAACAGCCCGAUAGCUUCACUAACAAGCGCAGGAAGCAUGAGAGAGGGAAACGGACCAACGUCGUUGUUCAUGUCCGCUGACGUCAGCCCAGUGAGCUCCUCGUCAGACAGAGUGGACGUCCAGCUGCAGGGAUACCACAAAACCUACAACUACCAACAAGUAUUCUCCCAGCAGCAAGGAUGUCUGUACGGAGAUGGAAAGGUGGUUCAACCAGGCAGCGAUGGAGGCUACGAACCCACAAGUUACUACACAACCUCCUCCGCCUCUCACUCUACAGGGUUCGACUUGUUGCAGGACCUGCAGGGUCAGACGUCGGGCGGUUACUCCAUGUCUCCCUGCUCAGACGAAAGCUUCCUGUUCCAGGCCGGAGGCGUCGACCGCUGCCUCAACCAGAUCUACUCCAUCUACCUGGACUCAUGAUGGGCCACCUGGAACCAACACAACCAAAUCAGUAACCCAAUCAUCACUUUGUUGAUGAGGACAAAAUGCAUCAGGCGACAAACA